GGGUGCCGACUCGAGUUAUUUCGGUUCUCUUGCGAUCGGAACACCGCCAGUCUCAUUCGACGUCAUCCUAGACACCGGAUCCGCCGACCUCUGGGUUGCAAGUAGUACUUGCAACCAAGGAUGUGAUUCAAUGGCCAAAUUCGACUCCGGAGCUUCGUCUUCCUUCACAAACAGGAGCACGCCUUUCUCGAUAACUUACGGAAGCGGUGCUGCGGCCGGCAAUCUGGGCUCGGAUGUAGUCCAAAUGGCCGGCUUUUCCGUAGCAAAUCAGGUCUUCGGAGUCUGCGACCAAGCGACAAAAGGAUUGCUCACCAGUCCCGUGUCGGGCCUUCUCGGUCUCGCCUGGCAAGCGAUCGCUUCGUCUCGGGCACCUCCUUUCUGGGAAACACUUGUGUCCGGUGGAUCAUGGGACUCUCCAGUCAUGGCCUUUCAGUUGACGAGAUUUCUGAACCAGUCUCGAAGUGGUAAUCUCCAGGCUGGGGGAUCGUUUACGAUGGGAUUCGUCAACAACUCGCUUUACACUGGCCAAAUUGAAUAUAUCAAUAUGCCCACCGCCUUCAACUCGUAUUGGACGCUUCCCAUUACUGACAUCACAGUCCAAGGCGCAUCGAUUUCGAUGUCGUCUGGAACAAGCGCUUAUGCUGCGAUCGAUUCGGGUACUACCCUGGUCGGAGGACCGGCAGAAGACAUCGCCAAUAUCUACGCUCAGAUCCCUGGAUCGUCUCCUGGAACGGGGAGCUUCUCAGGUUACUAUCUGUACCCAUGCAACACGGCAGUCUCCGUGUCGAUCUCCUUUGGUGGACGCAGUUGGUCUGUUAGUCCGGCCGAUUUCGAGCUCCAGGAAAUACAACAAGGCACUUGCUUGGGAUCGUUUUUCACUCUUCAGACCGGAAACGGGGCUCCCUCGUGGAUCCUUGGCGAUACAUUCAUGGUAUGAAUGCUCAGCUGCAAAUGUGCGAUUUUGAAGCUAAGGGAUCAUGAUAGAAAAACGUUUACUCCGUCUUUCGCUAUAACCCUCCGUCUGUCGGCUUCGCGACAUUGUCCGACACUGCCCUAGCCAUGAACGAUGACGUCAAUCUGAACGUGCCAUCCCCGACGAUUGGCUCUGUUUCUGCCGCAGCGACUGCCGCAGUCAACGGGCACAAGAGCGGCGCCAUUUUCUCCCGACAGACUUCUGUUAUCGCCAUCGCGGCAGCUGCUAUCGGACCAUUGCUAUACACGUUUUGUUAGAGUGGACUGCACUAAUUCCAAUGUAGCAUAGCACAUAUACUUAGCCUCGUCAUAUCUAUAUCUUCCAUCCAACCCACAUCACAUACGGAUUGUCAGCCGCAAAUCCCGGUUCGACGCGCCAUAUCUCCCAAUUGCCAAGAGACAGCCAGCCCUCCAAGAAUGCCCGGGUCACAUCAUCCGCACGCAGUUCCAUGACCACCAGGACGAGAGAACCAGAGUGAUCGAUGGCCGAGAGCAACGGUCCCACUAGUGAUGGAUGGUAGAUGCAGUCUACGAUCAGGACGAGAUCGACGGGAGGAUUAUGGGGAGGAAACACGAGAUUCCGUCGGGAGGCCGCAGUAGAGUGUAAAGUCUCCCAAUUCAGUUCCUCGACGCGAACAUUGGCGAGAUUUAGAGUGGCAUUCUUCCGUAUCAGAGGCAAAAGUUCGGCAAUAUCUGUCGCCGUGUAAUGAUGAACGAAUCGAGCAAGUACGACACUCAGUAGACCAGUCCCAGAUCUAGCGACCAGUCAUCAAUAGAGCAGUCGUACUCGGGAGCAGUCACCCAAG